GAUCCAACUCUGUCCAUAACAUAACUCAAUUCACACAACGAAACCAGGCCUAAAGCUCUCACUGCUAAGCAUUUUUCUCUUCUGUCAUGGCUGCUCACCGCCAUUUCGAGCCUAUCACGAAAUGUAACACAGCUGGGAGAUCGAAUCAGACUGUCGCAGCUGAUCUCGAUGGCACGCUUCUCGUGUCCAGAAGUGCUUUUCCUUACUACAUGCUUGUUGCAUUAGAAGCCGGGAGCAUUUUUCGUGCCAUUUUGCUUUUGCUAUCGGUUCCGUUUGUUUAUGUGACGUACUUGUUUAUCUCAGAAAGUGUUGCGAUAAAUGUAUUUAUUUUCAUUUCUGUUUCGGGCUUGAAAAUUGGAGACAUUGAGCUGGUGUCACGUUCCGUGUUGCCUAAGUUUUAUGCUGAAGAUGUUCAUCCGGAUACUUGGGAAGUAUUUAAUUCAUUCGGGAAGAGGUAUAUUGUCACGGCGAAUCCAAGAAUUAUGGUGGAGCCGUUUGUGACGAAUUUUCUAGGGGCUGAUAAGGUUCUGGGGACAGAAUUGGAAGUUUCUAAAUCUGGGAGAGCUACUGGAUUUGUUAAGAAGCCAGGGGUUCUGGUUGGUGAACAUAAAAAAGCUGCUAUUCUCAAAGAAUUCGGCACAAAUGUUCCAGAUUUAGGCCUCGGGGAUCGUGAAACGGACCAUGAUUUCAUGUCUGUUUGCAAGGAAGGUUUCAUGGUUCCAAGAACGCGACGUGAGCCACUACCAAGAAACAAGCUGUUAAGGCCAGUGAUCUUCCACGAGGGUCGUCUGGUUCAAAGGCCUACACCAUUUGUGGCAUUACUGACAUUCUUAUGGAUGCCAUUAGGCAUCAUUUUGUCAGUUGUUAGAGUUUAUGUCAAUAUCUGGUUACCAGAAAAAAUUGUCAGGUACAACUAUAAAAUCCUGGGGAUCAAUCUAGUCGUUAAAGGCAAUCCUCCUCCUGCCCCUCGAAAUGGCCAGAGCGGGGUUCUCUUUGUUUGUAACCACCGGACUGUAGUGGACCCUGUCAUCACAGCCGUGGCACUAGGAAGAAAAAUCAGUUGUGUCACAUAUAGCAUAAGCAAAUUCUCUGAAAUGAUUUCUCCUAUUAAAGCGGUUGCAUUAUCAAGAGACCGCGAAAGAGAUGCCUCAAAUAUAAAGAAGUUACUUGAGGAAGGUGACUUGGUCAUAUGUCCUGAAGGCACAACUUGCCGCGAACCAUUUCUACUGAGGUUUAGUGCAUUAUUUGCAGAGCUGACAGAUAGAAUUGUCCCGGUGGCCAUCAAUACAAAGCAGAGCCUGUUUUAUGGAACGACGACUAGGGGUUACAAGUGUCUCGACCCAUAUUUUACCUUCAUGAAUCCUAGGCCAACAUACGAGAUCACGUUCUUGAAUCAAUUGCCAUCAGAGCUGACAGUGAAAUCUGAGAAAUCAUCAAUAGAAGUUGCGAAUUAUAUUCAAAGGGUGAUGGCCGGAUCAUUAGGAUUUGAAUGCACAAGUUUAACUAGGAAGGAUAAGUAUGCUAUGAUGGCUGGAACUGAUGGAGUUGUUCGAACAAGAUGAGGAUUUGAUGCCUAGAUUGCAAUUACUAUUAUUUUCUGUAUCUUUUUCCUUGAUUGAAGAAAAUAAGGUUUACAACAAGUUUAUAUUUGUAAUUUUUAUAUUUUUGCAUAGGAAAAUUGAACACUUGUGCAAAUAGAAGGGCUUGAGAGUUGUAAAGAUUUGUUACACAAAAUAACUUUCUUUUUACAGAUGUAAAGCUGCGGCAACAUAUUGGUAUGCAUUAUUAGUGCUUUUCAGCUCCA